CUACGAAGAGAAUGGCAGCAACAGGAGGUGAUGUGAAGUUGCUGGGGUUUUGGGCGAGUCCCUUUGUGAUGAGGGUGAAGAUCGCCCUAAACCUCAAGAGCGAGGGCUACGAGUCUUUGGAUGAGGUUUUGGGGACCAAGAGCGAGCUUCUCCUCAAGUCCAACCCAGUUUACAAGAUGAUCCCUGUCCUCAUCCACGAGGGCAAACCCAUUUGCGAGUCCAUGGUCAUAGUCGAGUAUGUGGAUGAAGUCUGGGCCGGCCCCGGGCCUUCCAUUGUCCCGUCUGACCCAACGGAUCGUGCCGUUGCUCGCUUUUGGGCCACCUACAUCGAUGACAAGCUGCCUUCUGCGGUCCGGACCAUCAUAGGAGUGCUUAAAGGGAACAAGGCAGAAGCGGUGGAACAAAUAGCCGCCAUGCUUCCACUGCUGGAAGAAGCUUUCAAGAUAUACAGCAAAGGGAAAGACUUCUUCGGAGGGGAUACUAUCGGCUACUUGGACAUUGCACUUGGGAGCUGCUUGGGGUGGAUCAGGGCUGUGGAGAAGAUAGUUGGUGUCAAGCUUCUAGACGAGGAAGUGGUUCCUCUUUUGGUGGGAUGGUCUAAGCGUUUCUGUGUGGAUGGUGCUGUGAUCAGCGUGAUGCCGAAGGCUGAUGAUUUAGUCGAAUUCAGUAAAGCGCUGUGAUAAUUUAUUUCUCCUGCCAUGUUUGCUCCUCCCUUUCUGUUGCAGUUCCACUAUGAGUCCUUGUAUUAGAUCAAUAAAUUGGCAUAACCCUAAAAGAAUAUUUUGUAUGUGCUUCGUAGUUUCAAUAUAUGUAUGCAAAUGGUGUUUUGGAAUCGAAGAAUUUACCAGUGCC